AUGCCCAUCUCCUCUGGAGCACCCGCCCACGGCAACCCAGCACACCUGCUGCCACCAUCCUGGACCGCCGUCAUCAGCGGCUGGCUAGCUGAAGACACACCCUCCUUUGACUAUGGCGGUUUCGUUGUAGGCGCUGCGCCCGCCACUGCCCGCCUGCUCGCCAAAUCGCCCGGUAUUCUCGCUGGUGUACCUUUCGUGGACGAAAUCUUCAAACAACUGGACUGUAAAGUGGAGUGGUUGGUCAGCGAAGGCGACCUCGUAGGCCAAAAUGGAAAGCAACACGUAGCCACCGUGACAGGACCUACACGGAACCUGUUGCUCGGCGAGCGCGUAGCCUUGAAUGUAGUAGCCAGAUGCUCAGGAAUUGCCACAAAGUACAAUCCCCCUCUUCUUGCCCCUCGUCUUCACCACCAAGACACUAACACACCAAAUAGAUCCCACUCCCUACUCACCCUCCUCCGCAACGCCGGCUACAAAAACACCCUCGCCGGCACCAGAAAAACCACUCCUGGAUUCCGCCUUGUUGAGAAAUACGGCAUGGUUGUUGGUGGCUGCGAUCCCCAUCGUCAAGACUUGUCCACCAUGACCAUGCUCAAGGACAACCACAUUUGGGCUUGCAACAACAACAUCGCCACCGCCGUUGCUGCAGCAAAAGCAGCAGGAGGUUUCGCUAUCAAGGUGGAAGUAGAAUGCCAGAGCCUCAACGAAGCAGAACAAGCCUGUGAUGCAGGUGCUGAUGUAGUAAUGCUCGAUAACUUUACACCAGAGGAGAUGAAGAAGGCAGCGAGAAGCCUCAAAGAGAAAUAUGGAAGUGGGCCUAGNGGGCCACUUGUGGAGGUUAGUGGUGGCUUGACCGAGGACAAUGUGAGUGAUUAUGUUAGUGAUGAUGUGGAUGUCAUUUCGUCGAGUAGUAUCCACCAGGGCACCAAGCAUGUGGAUUUUUCGCUAAAGAUUGUGCCGAAGGGCCAGGAAGUCAAGGAUGGACAGGGAGAGAGCACAGCUACUUAG